GAGGCAGGGAGGGAUCGGCGAGCCCCGGUUUGACAGGAGGAGGGAGGCCGGCAGCGGGAGCCGCCGGCGCGGGGCCGGGGAUGGCGUCAGCGGCGGCGUGAGGGGACAGCCCUGCCCGGCCCUGCCCGCACCAUGGGCAGCGCCGACUCCAAGCUCAACUUCAGGAAGGCGGUGAUCCAGCUCACCACCAAGACCCAGCCUGUGGAGGCCACGGAUAAUGCCUUUUGGGACCAGUUCUGGGCAGACACAGCCACUUCAGUGCAGGAUGUCUUUGCUCUUGUACCAGCUGCAGAGAUCCGAGCAGUGAGAGAAGAAUCACCUUCAAAUUUGGCAACUUUGUGUUACAAGGCUGUGGAGAAGCUGGUGCAGGGAGCAGAGAGUGGCUGCCACACGGAGAAGGAAAGACAAAUUGUCUUGAACUGCUGUCGACUCCUCACCCGUAUCCUGCCUUACAUCUUUGAGGACCCAGACUGGAGAGGUUUCUUCUGGUCAACUGUCCCUGGGGCAGGCCGAGGAGGGGAAGGAGAUGAAGAUGAUGAAAAUGCCCGGCCGCUGGCCGAGUCCUUGCUCCUCGCUGUCACAGAUCUGCUCUUUUGUCCCGACUUCACUGUGCAGAGCCACCGGAGGAGCACGGUGGACACAGCAGAAGAUAUCCACUCCAUUGACAGCUGUGAGUACAUCUGGGAGGCAGGAGUGGGCUUUGCUCAUUCUCCACAGCCCAACUACAUCCAUGACUUGAAUAGGACAGAGCUGCUGAAGCUGCUGCUGACCUGUUUCUCUGAGGCCAUGUACCUGCCUCCCUCCUCAGACAGCAGCAACACCAACCCCUGGGUACAGUUUUUCUGCUCUACAGAGAACAGACAUGCACUCCCACUCUUCACCUCGCUCCUGAACGUUGUGUGUGCCUACGACCCCGUGGGUUAUGGGAUUCCUUACAAUCACCUGCUCUUCUCCGACUACCGCGAGCCGCUGGUGGAGGAGGCGGCCCAGGUGCUGAUCGUCACCUUGGACUAUGACAGCUCCACCAGUUCAAGUCCCACCGUGGAUGGCACAACCACUGGCACAGCCAUGGAUGAUGUGGAUCCUCCUGGACCAGACAAUCUGUUUGUGAAUUACCUCUCAAGGAUACACCGGGAGGAGGAUUUCCAGUUCAUCCUGAAAGGAGUGGCUCGCUUGUUAUCAAACCCACUGGUCCAGACCUACCUGCCAAACUCUGCCAAGAAAAUACAAUUCCAUCAGGAACUCCUUGUCCUCUUCUGGAAACUCUGUGACUUCAACAAGAAAUUCCUCUUCUUUGUGCUGAAGAGCAGCGAUGUUCUGGACAUUCUUGUCCCAAUCUUGUACUUUCUCAAUGAUGCCAGAGCAGACCAGUCACGAGUGGGCUUGAUGCACAUUGGGGUGUUUAUCCUCCUGCUCCUCAGUGGGGAGCGUAACUUCGGGGUGCGACUGAACAAGCCGUAUUCUGUACGAGUGCCUAUGGACAUCCCUGUCUUCACAGGGACACAUGCAGAUCUGCUCAUCAUAGUCUUUCACAAGAUCAUCACCAGCGGGCACCAGCGGCUGCAGCCCCUCUUCGACUGCCUGCUCACCAUCGUUGUGAACGUGUCUCCAUACCUGAAGUCUCUCUCCAUGGUGGCUGCUAACAAGUUGCUGCAUCUCUUGGAGGCUUUUUCCACCACCUGGUUCCUAUUCUCUGCUGUCCAGAACCACCAUCUCGUUUUCUUCUUGCUGGAAGUUUUCAACAACAUCAUUCAGUACCAGUUUGAUGGGAACUCCAAUUUGGUCUAUGCUGUUAUCCGCAAGCGGAAUGUCUUUCACCAGCUGGCCAACCUGCCCACGGACUCCCAGUCCAUCCAGAAGGGGCUGCAGCGCAAGAAGAAAAGCCCUGAGCCCAUUUCCCGCACCAACUCCCAGGACGGGGUCUCCAUGGAAGGCUCACGUCCCGCUGCCCCUGCUGAGCCAGGGACGCUGAAGACCAGUCUGGUGGCUACUCCAGGGAUUGACAAGCUCACGGAGAAGUCACAGGUGUCAGAGGAUGGGACCAUGCGUUCCCUGGAGCCUGAGGCUUCCCAGCUGUCACCAGAGGGAAACCCUGCAGCCCUGAGUGAUGGGGAGCCCUGGAGUGGGGAGGCAUCACAUUCCUGGCGGGAUCGAAGGCGUCUCUCUAGUGCAUCCUCCAGUGGACAGUGGACUCCAACUCCUGACUGGGUGAUGUCUUGGAAGUCAAAGCUCCCCCUGCAGACAAUCAUGCGGCUCUUACAGGUGCUGGUCCCUCAGGUGGAGAAGAUCUGCAUUGACAAGGGUCUCACGGAUGAGUCGGAGAUCCUCAAGUUCCUGCAGCAUGGCACCUUGGUGGGGCUGCUGCCAGUGCCUCACCCCAUCCUCAUCCGCAAGUACCAGGCAAACUCGGGCACUGCCAUGUGGUUCCGCACCUACAUGUGGGGAGUUAUUUAUUUGAGGAAUGUGGAUCCCCCGAUCUGGUAUGACACAGAUGUUAAGCUGUUUGAAAUUCAACGGGUCUGAAGAGAACACUUACCUCUACUGAGAGAAACACACUGGAUCUAAGGACUGUGGCGUGCUGCUUCAUCACAGCUAUUCCUGCAUUUCACGUCCAGCUGAGAGACCAAAAGGACAAUCACUUCAUUUACCUCCCUGUCAUUUAAAGCUUUAAUCGGGACCUGCUUGGGCAUCCCUUCCCCCAGCUCACUUCUCUUCCCUCACCCUUCACCACGAACCUUGAGUUAAAGAUAUCUAAGGGAUUGUCCAUUGUUGUGGUUGCACUAGAAAUCAGACUGUUCUUAGCUCCUCUGUUACUCUUUUGCUUCUGGAUGUGGUUUGGAAACCAAUCUGACCCUGUCCUUGCCCUGGUCAGAGUCAGCAUUUAAUUGAAAAAUACUAGCUGUAAAUUGGGUGCAAAGGGAGAAGCUGCUAUUGCUGCAGGAGACAGGGUUUGGAAACUGCAGUUACUUCCAUGUAGCUCCAUGAAGUUUCCAGGGCAUCCCUUCUGGCUGCAGGUCUCUCCCUGGUGUCUCAGUUGCAUAUAGGGAAGUCUUUCCCACCUAAAUGAAAGGAGAAGAUGUUGAAGGAGAAUUUUGUGUCUCAGUUCUGAAUCUCUCUAGUCCUUUCCUGGAAAGCUGCUUGAGAAGUUUUGUUGGUGUGGCUCAGAAGUUUUUCCUCAGCUUCCAGGCCCAGCAGCCUGGUGGACUGUUGCAAAGGAGCCUGUCUUACUUUUAAGUUUAAUCCAGAGGAAGGAAGGGACUGACUCAGUGAGAGCAAGGAGAAGAGACCUGACUUCACUCUUUUAAGUCUUCUCCCACUGGCUGAAAGGACAGUGUCACCUGGGUUUGAAAGGAACCAUAUCCUUCCAUCUUUGCCUGGCAGGCUGAUGCAAUGCAGGGAGCAGAAGGGUCUUUUGCACACUACUGUUAAGGCAAGGGUUUGAGGGAGGCACUCAGGGAAGUUGUAGGAGGAAUUUGGAAGUUGUAGGAGGAAAAGCAUCUCCAUGUCAGUAGGGAGUGGAGAGUGCUGAGGCAAAGUUGAAUUCUUCAGGGCAUUUUGCUUAUUGACCAAGUUAUUGGAUCUUGAAUGUAUUGGGUCCCAAGCACGUGUACAUUUUGGGAAGCCAGAGUGGAAAUUGGUGGGAGAUCCGCUGUUGCUGGCUUGGUCCAGCAUUGUGGGGUUACACAUUGGUGAGUGGAGACACCCUGGAGUUUGAGUCAAAUUUCAUGUUCUGCUGGGAGGGGCUGCUGUCUUAGACUCACGUGGUCUUCAGGCACUGAAAUGUGAGGGGUCCUGUCAUGAACUGAGACCUUUCCAUCAAAGCAUAAUCCUUGGUGCUCUUUUUAUUCAGGUUCUUGGGAGGAUUGCUGGCCAUGAGCUGUUUGCCACAGGUUAGACCCAGUGGCAUCACUGCAUGGAAACAGGUCUGUCACAUUAGGCACAGGGACAGUGUGACACACACUCUGUGACUGUAACCCUGGCCUAAGCUCUGCAGCUGCAGUGGUAACAGCAGGACCAUCCUCUCCCAGAGAGCUGCUCCAGUGUGCUGCUGGCUCCCACUGGCCUGUACUCAGGUGGUUUCCUCCUCUGGGCACUGAGAGAGAAUGGAGUCCCAGGCCAGUAGAAAGUGAAAUAAAAUUGAAACGGUUUUCUGAAGGGUAAGAAAUAAGUGAAAUAGAGAGAGGUUAUUCCCCCACCUGCCUCCCAUCUCCAACCCACUUUGCCACCCAGCACUUCUCCCAUCCUGACCCCACCUCUGUUCAGGUGUAAACAGGGUGAGGGCUCUGUUUCACUUGGAGAAUCUCCUGUACAAGAAUGUGAUUUGGUGGGGCCAGACUCUGAUUGUAUGGCACUUGCACCUCACAGCUGGAACGGGGCCUCCCGUGUCCCCUGUGCUUUGCCUCUUCCCUCCCAUGGAUCUGCUGGUUCUCAUGAUCUCUUCCGUCCUCUCUUUUCUGCUUUGUUUCUUUGUGAGUUCCUCUGGAAGCCUUUUUGUUUGUUUCUUGGUGUUUGGAGUCUGAUCCUUGUUCUGUGGAAAUCAACUUGCACUGUAAACUCUUUGCUUACUUAUGGACAGAAAGAUAAAGAUUAACUGAAACAUGCACUUGGGUACUUUUUUUCCCCCUUCUCCAGAGGGAGGUUUAUAAUCUUGUUUGUUUUAUGUGAUUUGUGCCACUAGGGGACCAUGGGCUGGCUUCCUCUGCAGUGGUAAUUUUGUUUUAUAACCAAAAAUUAAGAUUUGACUCUUGGAAAUGAGCCUGAAUUGUGUGGGUUUGGCCAUUUCUGUGUUUAUAGCAUCAUCAAAGAUCAAACAGGAUCAAGUCUCCUGUGUUAGUGAACCCUUUGCUAAAGCCUUUGUGCAGUUGAGACCUGAAAAACAGGCACCCUGGCCCUGGGGGUUGUUAGGAAAGGACAUGGAGGGCCUUGACUGUUUAUCUGAUCUGUGGUGGCUGUAGGUGAGAGUUGGAGCUGGUGGGCUUCAUUCCUGUCCAUGCUGAUCAUGUCUUCAGUCAUGUAUUCACUGUUCAUUCCAAAGUCACCUGCUCUGUGAAAGCUCAGUGACUUAAACCAGUGUUUUAUCCAUUAAACUGGAUAAAAUCCA